AUGCAAAAAAAUGUUUCAAGGAAGGGGAUGCCAAACAAAUGUUCAAUAUGUGGUAUGUUUGGACAUAACAAAUCAUCAUGUUCUGCAAAACCAAAACAUGCCCAAACUGCAACUAAUUUCCAAACUGACCAAUCUCAAACUGUCCAAUCCCAAAUAACCACUACAGUCCUAACUAUCCAAUCCCAACCAACCCUAAAUGUUCAAACUACACAACCCCAAACAACCCCAAGAGUUCAAACUAGACAAUCCCAAACAACCACUACGGUUCCAACUGUCCAAUCUCAAUCAGCCCCAAGAGUUCAAACUAGACAAUCCCAAAUAACCCCUCCAGUUCCAACUGUCCAAUCUUAA